UGUAAGUAUGGCGGAUAAUGGCAGCACGGACAGCGGUGGAGAAGCCAGAAAAGAUGAAAAAGUAGCCCCCGGAGGAUCAAUGAUUGUGAUUACAGUAAAGACCCCGAAUGGAAAAGAGGAAAUAACGAUUCCGGAGGAUUCCUCUGUCGGUCAGUUCAGACAAGAGGUCUCCAAAAAGUUCCAGGCCAAGGAGGAGCAGUUGGUGUUGAUAUUUACAGGAAAGAUUCUGAAGGACGCCGAUACUUUAAGCCAGCAUGGUAUCAAAGAUGGGAUGACUGUUCAUCUUGUUAUAAAGACUGUCCCAAAAUCAACAGCUGGUAGUACAUCUCAGGCAAGUUCAAGUUCUGCAGCAGCUCCAAAUAACAGCAGUAGCACCACUGCCCCUGCAGCAGACAGAACAGGAGGUGGUACGAGUCAGAGACCAACACAACCUGUUAAUGUGAUGAGUGGACUUGGUGACCUGUCCAGCCUGUUCGGUUUGGGCAGUCUUUCACCUAACCUCAUGGAGAUGCAGCAGCAGGUGCAGAGUCAGCUGAUGUCAAACCCACAGAUGCUGUCACAGAUGAUGGGGAGCCCUCUGGUCCAGAACAUGUUGUCCAACCCAGACCUGAUGAGACAGAUUUUUGCAGGCAAUCCUCAAAUGCAGCAAAUUAUGGACCGAAAUCCAGACAUGUCCCGGAUGUUAGGCAACCCUGAGCUCAUGAGACAGUUACAGAAUCCUGCAACGUUAUCCAUGCUGACAAACCCCCGAGCCAUUCAGGCCCUCACACAGAUCCAACAGGGCCUGCAGACCCUUCAAGCAGAAGCCCCCGGAUUCAUGGCCAGAUUGUCUCCCGGAGGCCUUUCUGUUCCUUCACCCAUGGGGGGCAGCAACAGGCCCCUGAACCCACAACCUCCUGCAACAGCACCUGGACCAGGUCUCCCCUCAGCCAGCAAUCCCUCCCAGCAACAGCUCAUGCAACAGAUGUUACAGAUGUUUGCUGGUGGAGGAUCAUCCAUUCAGACCCCGGAGGUUCGUUUCCAGCAGCAGCUCGAACAGCUCAGCGCCAUGGGCUUCAUCAACCGUGAAGCCAACCUGCAGGCGCUCAUCGCCACAGGAGGGGAUGUCAACGCUGCCAUCGAGAGACUGCUAGCCUAACUUUCUCAGUUCCAUAGGGUAAACACUUGUAGAAUUAGGGACGGUCAUGGUUAAUCUUUAAAGUUUUUUCUAACAGAAUUGGUCCAAAGCUAACUACUGUGAACCACUAAAGCAAAAAUAUGCCAAGACUAUUGCUACUUGGAAUAAUAUGUUACUUCUGCAACUUUAACUGGAGAUGAUUUCUGUAAAGACAAGUGAGAAUCAAAAUUGACAUUUUUUUAAUUUAAAGAUUGUAUUUAGGUGGUGAGACAGAGUUUGGAAUCAAAGUUCUGUUGCAGUAGAUUGAAUGAUGAUAUUUGUUUCUGUCUUUCUUUCUCCUGGUUUAUUGGUAUUUAUUGAAGCUUUAAAAUACUUUUGAAAUUACCUAAUCUUGUUCGUAUGGUUGCACUGCUGUCUGUUGGGAUAUUUGUGGAGGAGAAAGUGAAAGUAUGCAGUUUGUAGAAACAAGGAUGUAAUGGGGUUGGAGAAUAUAAUGCUAUUUUCAUUUGGGAAGAGACCUAAAUAUAGCACUUAGACAUUCCCCAUAUCGCAUAAAAGGAUGUGAUCUGUCUGACUUUGACGCAGCUGAACAAAAAUCUCUCUGAACAGGAGGAAGAAUCACAAAUCCUACUGUGGCAAAGGUCUAACCUGCUGUAGUCUACAGAGAUGCCGUUGCCUUUAGGCCUUUGGGUUCAGCUGAUAUCUGGUCAAGUAACAUUCCAAAAUUAAAUCAAACAGGAAUAUUUUUGUUUAAGUCUGAAGUUUUAAAAUUGAUUCUUUAUGAAGUGUCUGAAUGGGUUGCAGGUUCAUAGCAGUGAUUCUUUAAAAGAAUUGAAGAACUUUGUACAGUGGUUGAUUUAAGAUCAACUAGGACCCAAUUACUAUCACACUGGUGUUUUUUUAAAGCAGUGUAGUGCCUAAACAUAAUGUUGGGAUCAGCAAUACCUGAUAUUUCUCAAUGCUCUGUGAAAUCUUAUGGUUGUCAGUCUGUGAACAGAUUACAAGGCUUUUCUGUUCAAUCCAAUAAACUACUUUCAAUUUC